AUGUUCUUUUUCAGCUUGGCGGCUUUGGCUAGGGGAGUCCUCCACACGAGAGACUAUUUCUACGUUGGCGGCCAAUAUGUUCCUUCCGGCGCAGGCGGAUAUCUUUUCGAGAAUCAGAUGUAUGUCGAGCAUCUGACUCCCGCCAAGGUCUCACAGCCGCACCCCAUUGUUUUUAUGCACGGCGGAGCCCAGUCCGGGACGAACUUUCUCACUAAACCGGAUGGCGGAAGUGGUUGGGCGGACUGGUUUCUCGAUCAUGGAUAUGAAGUGUACCUGGUCGAUGAGCCUACACGCGCUCGGUCGCCGUGGAACCCGGCUGGUGGUUUCCCACAAUCAACUUGGACUGACGAAUUGAUAUCAUCACGCUUCACUGCGGUUCGGGAUUCCACUUUAUGGCCACAGGCGAAGCUUCACACACAGUGGCCCGGGACUGGCAAGAAAGGCGAUCCCGUCUUCGACGCCUUCUAUCAGAGCAACAUGCAAUUCAUCGUCGACGGCACAGAGCAAGAGCGCACGGUGAAGGAAGCCGGCACCGCGCUCCUGGACAAGCUCGGCCGGCGCAUCGUGCUUGUGACGCACUCUCAAGGCGGGCUCUACGGCUGGGGUCUUGCAGAUGCCCGACCCGACCAAAUCGCGGGCCUGAUUCAAAUCGAGCCCAAGGGCCCGCCGUUCCGCGAGGUCAUCUUCUCGACCAGCUUCACCAGGCCUUGGGGGCUGACUUCCAUCCCGCUGACUUACUCGCCCGCGCCGACCAACCUGACGAGCCCCCUUGAGACACAGGUCGUCAAGACCACGUCCGCCGACCUGGUGGACUGUAUUAUCCAGGCCGAACCGGCGAAGAAGCUGGUCAACAUCGCCAAGGUGCCGAUUCUGGUGGAUACCGGCGAGGCUUCGUACCACGCGGCGUACGACCAUUGCACAGUCAUGUUUCUCAAGCAGGCGGGCGUGGAGAAUAUCGAGUUUCUGGAGCUCGGAAAGGCUGGGAUCCACGGGAACUCGCACAUGCAGUUUAUGGAGAUGAACAGCGACGCCAUUGCCGAGAAGCUGCACGACUGGAUAUUGCAGACCGUGGAGCAGAAACAUGAAUGA